AUGCGCGACAGCUCCUCGCCUGAACUUUCGUCACCACCUUCCGGCUCAAUCUCAGAACCCGGCUCGCCUCUAAUCAGCCGACCGAACAACAACAUGGAUAUGGACGAGAUCAUCGUCGACCCCUCUCAACCACGCUUCGGCGUCCUCACAGGAAACGAGCAACCCCAACCCGAAGUUCGCCUUACGGCCGCUGGUCUCCCGCGCAAGAAGCCCGGUCGCAAGCCUGGCUCUACCGUCAAGCCCAGAAACCCUGAUGAGCCGCCUAAAGUGCGCCGGCCGAGAAAGCCUCGCGACCCUAAUGCGCCGCCCAUUCAGAGGAAGAGGAAGUCGGCACCAGCACAGGAUGCCGAUGCCGGCUCGGACUCGAAAUCUCUCGCAGCUGCAGCCGCCUCGUCUUCAACCCCCCCCCCUCCUAGACAGGCCAAAACCAUAGAUAUUGCUGGUAUCACUUCCGACUCUCGGCCUGGCUCAGCCCAGCCUGAACACACAGCGCAGAAAGCGCCCAAGCGAGAGGAACUACCCCGUUCGAUGCAGGGCAUUCUGAACGCCGAACCAGAGGUCGAGUCGAAGCCGCACAGCGCAGCUCUGCCGACGCGCAUGAGUGGACAUUACGAUCCCAUCCGGGGCAGCUAUGAUCCCGUGAGAGGAAUCUUUGGCAUCGCGUCUUCGCCGAGACCCACAACUCAGCCCGUCAACCGACCUAGCGCGUCGCCUUCAAUUGCCAGUCUUGUCGAUCCGCCCGCACAGAACGUGACGUCGCCUUCGACCCAAACUUACGGCGCUUCAACUCAGUCCCGAACACAAGACAACGCAUCUGUCCCCGCCUCGCCACCUUAUCCCGCUAGAUCGGCUCCUCAACCCAUCUCGAAACCACCUGCUCCCGACCCGAAGAAGGCACUCGCUCCCCCGCCGGUGCCCGCUGCGAAGACGGAUGCUAAGUUAAAGGAUGCAGUCUCGACUGCUGGCUCCGUCGCGAGCAAGAAGCCCUCGCCUAAGCAGAAACCACAGAAGUCUGGCAUCUCGUCGCCCAAGAUCAGUGCGUUGGAUGAGCCUCGUGGUGACGUCCUUUCCGAUCGAUCCAUUCUCGACUUUGGCAGGGCUGAGAAUGGCAAGGAAUACAAGGCGCCAGAUAUUGUUCUCGACAUCCCUAUCAAGCCGGGCGACACCAACAUAUACGUCAACGUGAUGCGCAUGGCGGAGGAGAAGUAUGGCUGGGAUGCUCUGCACCCCCGGCUGGCGGAGAAGCGAGACCGCAAAGCGCGUAUUGCUGCCGCCUCUGCUGCUCUGGAGAAGACGGCGUCGGGACAAGAAUCGGGCGACGAGAUGUCGGAGGAUUCAGACAAGGAGGCCAGCAACGUGGAGAUGGGUGGCAUGACCAGCGGUGCUGACGUGCCAGAGAAACCGAAAAAGAAGAAGCGCAAUUUCAAGGAAGACGAGUACGACAAGGACGACGACUUUGUCGACGACUCUGAGCUAUUGUGGGAGCAGCAGGCUGCCGCCAGCAGAGAUGGGUUUUUCGUGUACUCUGGCCCACUGGUGCCCGAGGUCGAGAAGCCCAUAGACACUAGACCCGAUGGACUACCCAAACGUGGUCGCGGUAGCCGAGGCGGUCGCAUUGGCGGCCGUGGCGGCACCACUCGCGGCGAAGGCGGCACCGGCCGUGGCGGAGGCCCAGGGUCCAGAGGCGGUCGAGGAUCUCGUGGCGGUUCACUCACACGCAAGCCGCGCAUCACAAAGUCGGAAAAGGAACAACUCGAGCGUGAGAAAGCCGAACGCCAGCGACAAGCAGAGCUGAGCGCCAAGUCUACCAACGGCUAUUCGCUCCAGCCCCAGACACCUUCCUUCGCGGCAGGAAUGGCCGGAGCAUAG